CAUAAAGCUUCGACCGAAUCCGGCUCGCCUCCUAUUAAUCCCUCUCUCUCCUCUCCUUUUUUCGAUUUGAGAAAAAAAAAAUUUGCUCGCCUUCUCCUUCCCUCGCGGCGAAGACACCGGAGCCACCACUCGCCGCCCGCCUAUUUCACGCCGCCGCGCCGCGCAGACCGACCUCGUCCUCCACCCCACCCAUCUCCGACGCCGCGGACCCCGGCGGCCGCUCCUCCUUUGCUCCAUUCAUCGCCAUGACGCGCCACGCCGGCGCCCGCCGCCGGGGCGGCGCCGGCGUCGUCAGCCUCAUCGUCGUCGUCGUCGCCGUCCUCUCCGCCGCUGCAAUCGCCGCGGAGGGUGUCGAUGCUGCGGUGUUCGACGACGCGCACCUCCUGCCGCGCCCGCUCGUCAUCGAGCUGCCUACGACGACCUCGUCGUCGUCGCCGGCCUUGGCGGAGGAGGGGGAGGGGGAGGCGGUGCCGGCGGAGGUGAGGUGCGCGAGCUGGAGGCUGGCGGGGGAGGCGAACAACCUCGCGCCGUGGAAGUCCCUGCCCGAGGAGUGCGCCGCCUACGUGCGGGAGUAUCUCACCGGCGUGGCCUACCGCUCCGACCUCGAGGUCGUCGCGCGGGAGGCCUCCGCGUACGCGCGGACCGCCCGCGUCGGGGACGACGGCCGCGACGCGUGGGUGUUCGACGUCGACGAGACGCUCCUCUCCAACCUCCCCUACUACGCCGACCACGGAUACGGGCUCGAAUUGUUCGACCACCGGGAAUUCGACAAGUGGGUGGAGAGGGGGGAGGCGCCGGCGAUCCCCUCCAGCUUGAAGCUGUACAAUGAGGUUCGCGACCUUGGAUUCAAGACCUUCUUGCUCACGGGCCGCAGCGAGGGGCACCACGGCGUCACCGUCGACAAUCUCAAGAAGCAGGGCUUCCAUGAUUGGGACAAGCUCAUACUAAGGGCGCCAGCUGAUCGCAAGAAGACGGCGACGAUAUACAAAUCGGAGAAGAGGAAGGAAAUGGAAGAGGAGGGGUACAGGAUCCUAGGCAACUCCGGCGAUCAAUGGAGCGACCUGCUGGGUUUCUCCACGAGCGCUCGCUCCUUCAAGCUUCCCAAUCCAAUGUACUAUAUUCCAUGACGGAACAGAAGAGGGAAAGAGAGGGCGGGUGAGAAAUGCGGCGUUUAUUUGAUGCAUUUUCUCACCCAGCCCAUUCAAACUGACUGGUGGAGAAAAAGAAAUUCACAAUAAUUCUUCAAAGGAAUUCCAAACUGUACAAAAUCUCACUGACUUCAUGUAGAAUACAUUAAACUUGUAAAGUCGAAUGUAAUUGGAUGAAAUGAGAGACUAUUUAUUGAGUUGGUAGUUCAUGAUAUACUAUAUUCUUC